UGGGAAGGCGCUUGAUUCGUUCAUUGCGUUACUUUCAAAUGGAAUGCUAAGAUGAGAGCUCCUGAAGGCUUUCGAUUACCUAGUCCAAUUGAUUUUGAUAAUCAUCCACUACCAGAGUUGCCAAAAUACCUUAAGCAUCAGGUCUAUGAUAAACCUGAGGUUUUUGCUAAAGUAGAUGAACACGCUAUACAUGUGGCGGAGUAUCAGCAUCCAACAUUCAGGGAUCUCAUGUGGGAUUUGUUAUAUCGGUACAAACUAGAUGAAUUAGAAAGAGCUCGUGUAAUAUUUCGAUGGAUGACCGCAAAAGAUAUGCAGAACAUCCACUUUGAAAGUGUUCCACCUAACUCCCCGGAGGAUGUUCUCACGUCCUUUAGUACCAACCGAGGUACGUUUUCGAGGAUGUACGAAGUGAUGUGCAGCUACUCUGAAAUUCAUUGCGUCACGGUUAGUGGGUAUGCCAAAGGUGUGGAUUACUUGCCUGGGGACAAAUUUUAUGGUCUUCCUCCCAACCAUUCGUGGAAUGUUAUAUACAUCCGGGGAUCUUGGCAGCUUAUUGAUGUCCACUGGGCUGCCCGUUACCUUAGUUCUGGCAAAAAUGUUCCAGAGAAUGUUGUCUACGAGUACGAUGACUUUUAUUUCAUGAUGGAACCCCAGCAGGCUGUCUACAGUCAUUUUCCAGAGGAUCAAAGAUGGCAGUUGUUACCUGUUCCUCUUACGCUUUCACAAUUUGAAAACUUACCACUUACAAAGUCACAAUUUUUCAAAUGUGCGAUUGAUUUCUUAGAACAGCAUCAUGGCGUUGUUCGAACUCAGGAUGGCUGUCUCAGAAUGACACUCGGCUUUUGGCGUCCUGGUGGUUUCACUUAUAAGCUACAGUAUCUGGCUAAUAGUUACAAUCAUUCUGACCCUGAUUCUCUCAUCGCUUACCCAAAUGAGUUGAGGGAUCAGGUCCCAAAUCUAAAUAUUGAUUUGAAAUGUUUUGUUUUGCAAGAGACAACGAAAGACCAUUUGAACUUCUUUUUUAGACUCCCGGCUUCUGGUAUCUACUACCUCACUAUAUACGCUCAGGAACUAUCUAGUCUAUCUGUUGGUCGAGAAAGUACUUUCCGAGCAGCUUGUGAGUAUAAAAUUAUAUGUGACUCACCAGCACGAGAAGCACAACCUUAUCCAAUUUGUCACGACGCCAACUGGGGACCAGCUUGGUCUCAUGUUCAUCACUAUGCUCUUGAGCCAAGUCACACAGAAGGUGUUAUCAGUAUACCCAGCGAAAUCGAUCCAUCGACAAACUCCAAUGGUCAUCAAUCACCACUUCCCAAAACUGUUGAUAUUGGUUUUCAGAAGCGCCGCCCUGAGGUCAAUUUAUUGGCAAAACUCCAUAGAAAUGGAGUAUCAGAUGAGUUUCUUGAUCAAUAUCAACGUGUUACAGAAACAGUGCGCGAAACUUUGUUUCAUGUUACACUACCUGAACCUGGUGAAUAUGGACUUGAAGUAUAUGCGAAUGAACCGGCUGAAGGUGACACAUAUACACAUAUGUGUCAGUAUUUGAUUCACUAUGAGCAUCCUCCAGGUUGGUAUUCCACUCCUCGAUUAACGGCUUCAGGUGCUGAUGCUGGCCCAUCUCCAGACGCUCAUCAAAUUUGGCGUCAUGGUGUUGUUGGUGAUACACGUAAUGGAAAUGCACCAAAACGUUUUUCCCCAGGCUUUAAUGAACAACAAACAAGCGGUUCAUUAAGAGAAAUGUACAAUUAUGAAUUAGAUGCACCACCAAUGGGUCAUUUGCCUAAACUCUAUGCGCAUUCACAAUAUGGAAAUGCAAAUAAGCAUAAUCCCAGUCGUGUCAACAAUUAUUUAACAAACAAUAAAAGUAAUACAUCUACAGUAUUUGGAUAUACACCACCAAAAAGUAACCAACUGAUUAAUAGCGAUCGAGAUAACAAAUACUACCACACUACUUCUUCACCGCCAUUAUCGAAUGAUCAGUUGUCGAAUUUGAGCCAGAAUUUCUCUAACAUCAAAAUUAAACAAGAUUCACUGAAGAGUACAACUAGUGAAUUUGCUUCUGAUAGGUUGUCCGGUUAUCCUGCUAUAGUUUCAGAUUCGUCAACAAUCAGUCCCUCGAAUAAUCUACCUGGCUAUUCUCCAUAUGUUGGACAGAAUCAUCUUGGAAAUGGAACACAACAGAAAUACGCUUCCAGUACCAGUCCACCUGCAAGAUAUCAGAAUUCUGUACGUUUCGAACCUGUAUCGCUUAGUUACACUAGCAGUAAUGGAACUAGCACAAACAUGGGCUAUGUCUCGCCUCCGGGAUCAUCGAAUUCCAGUGCUGUACCAUAUCAUAAACAACAGUAUGAUCAAGUUUCAUCAACACCUGGCAGCAGAACUAAUCAAUCAUCAUCAAGUCAGUUCUAUAGACCUGAUCAAAGUACAGCUAAUUGGAGUUCAGGUCCAAUCCAACGAGUUCCUCCCAAGGAAUUCGCUCCAAGUCCUUUAUCAAUGGAUGCAUUGGAAGAGAAGCCAAGACCGCAAGAAAUUCCGACGACAACUGACAUGUCAUCUGCUCCAUAUCAGUCGUUUGAAGUAUUUCGUCGGAUUGACGAACAUGCUGUUUCAGUAUCACAACAACAACAGGAUAACUUUAAUCAAUUGAUUUGGCAGCUGAUAUAUGCACGUAAUAUCACGGACGAACUAGAGAAAGUCCGUGUUAUCUUCUUAUGGUUGUGUACUAAAGAUUUGCAUAAAAUGAAUUUCGAUUAUGUAAAACCCGAUAGUCCUGAGGAAAUUCUAAUGGGUAUACGCACUGGGAAAUCUACCUAUGCACAAAUCUUCUAUACACUGUGUCGUUAUGCUGGCUUACACUGUAAACUGUUAAUUGGCUAUGCUAAAGGUGCCGAAUAUGCUCCAGGUAUGCAUUUUUCAGGUCGUCAAGGUCAACAUUCCUGGAAUGCAGUACUUAUUGACAAAGUAUGGCGUCUAAUCGAUUGUCAUUGGGCUGCUCGUCGUUUAAUUGGGAAACGUCCUAGUCCAGAUAAUGUACGUUACGGAUUGGAUAUGUUCUAUUUCUUAGCUAACCCAAGUCAAUUAAUUUAUACUCAUUUCCCUCAUGAUCCUGACUGGCAGUUAUUACGUCACCCAAUUACUCUUAAAGAGUUUGAAAAUCUCGCUCCAGUCAAGUCAGCAUUUUUCAAAUACAACUUGGACCUCAUUACACAUCGUAAUGCAGUUAUCUUAUGCUCAGACCCAGAAGCUCGUAUCGUUAUAGCCUUCCCAUCUGGUGCUGAAAAUUAUUUGUCAUUUACAUUUGGCUUGUCUUUUGAUAAUCAAGAAGGGAGUGAAGAAUAUCGUGGAAUUCCUUUAACUCGGUACGGUAGACAAGAAACAAUGAUACGUGAGCAUACUUCUGUUUUCUACAUUCGACCACCAAGACCUGGGGCAUAUAAGUUACUCAUUUAUGCGAAACAGCAGCACCCCCAUCAAAAUGGACAAAAGGAGGGACUUGGCAUAGUAAGUAUGAUUUCUGAUGAUACAAGGUCUGAAAAUUUAUACGGAGCUGUCUGUGAAUAUCGACUGGUAGCAAAUUUCGGUGCCAAUCGUUCAUUGCCUCCAUUCCCACCUUGUCAGUCAUCCAGCUAUGGGCCAAACGAGUUAGCUAAAAAUUAUCGAAUAACCGCUCAACGCCUAGACUGUACAUUGCGCGCUGUACGUGGCAGCCUAGAAAUUCGUUUUAGCUUAGGCUCAGUACAAGGCCAUCCACCUCCACGUUUAAUGGCUAAACUUAAGUGUACUCUAGUUGCUGAAAACGCUCUUUCAAAAAGUCUACUACAGAGAAGUGUGAAUGGAAACACAGAAGCUGUAUUCGCACUAUUUCUACCGGAAGCUGGAGAAUAUGGUCUGGAAAUAUACGCUAAUGACCCCGUAAGAGAUGGAAAUUCUUUCUUUGUGGUGUGGCAAUACAUAAUUAUAUCUGACUGUGAUUCUCCUGUUCGUGGCCUGCCUACUAUAGCACCAACUUAUCUAGGCCCAAUGCCACGUUUUGAUUCAAUGGGUUUGAAAGCUCUCAGUCAUACAGAUCCAUUUAUUCAAGCCAAUACUGGUGAACUAUGCAUUCAAUUAGCUCGACAUCCUGAAAAACCUUUACGAAUUAUGGCUCAACUAAUACAUUGUAGCCAUGAUGUAUCUGAAGAUUGUUCACAACAAAUACUUCAGCAAACACGUGAUUCUCAAAUCUACUUCGUUGUACGUUUUCCUCAUCCUGGAUUUUUCAAAUUCCAAAUUUAUGCCCUUCCCUAUUCAGAACCAGGUGAAUCACUACCUGGAGUCUUCAAUUAUCUUCUUGAAGCAACUCAAGUUAAUCGUGGAAGAAAUGGGCAAGUUAUGUGUUUUCCACAACAAUUUGCGCAAUGGAAAGAAGGUUGUUAUCUGCACACACCUUUAGAUGGUAUACUAUAUCCUAGUGGAUCGAAUCAACCAACCGCUGACACUUUACCUUUUCGUGUUAGCGUACCAUCUGCCCAUGCAGUUGCGGUUGUAGUUGGUGAAGAUUGGACACAUUUGACGAAAGUUGGUGAUCGUUGGGAAGGCCAAGUUUGUUUGAAAUCUUAUUGGGGUAUCGAAAACCAGUUGGCAUUGUGUGCAAAAUAUGACAAUCUGGAUGGUAAUUAUGGUACCUUACUAGAAUAUCGAUUAGCUAAGCGAUAGGUGGAUGGUGAUUUACUGGAUAACAUUUUCUCUUCUGUUCAUGUACGCAUAUGUAGUGUGUUGCACAACUAGCUGUGUUUUCUCUCAUUUUUUUCCUUAUCUUUUUUUAAUGAGCUUUGUUCAAAGUUAAAUUCUGUUGAAAAUUGUUUAAUUAUUUUAGCUAUUAGCCCACUAACUCCCUGACUUUGAUGUUUUCCACUCUAAUACUUUUAUGUCCGGCUAUUCAUCAGCUGAGGAUUUCUUAAAAUGAUUACUUCUUCUUGUUUAAACAAGGUUAUUUAUUGUGUAUUUAUGUAUGGUGUUUUGUUCGGCUACUGAAAAAGAUCGUAACCUACGUCUGUUUAACUUAAUUUACUUGGCUAAUGGGCUGGUUGUCAACAUGCACACAUACACACAUCGAAUGAAUAUUAUUUUUAUUCUCCACUCCUAAUAUCCGUUCAGUGCAGAAAAAAAUCAAUCAACCAACAAGAUAAUUUUCUGGCUCUAUUAUUAGUAAUAUAUUACUUAUCACACCAGUUACCUAACUUUCAUAGCUAAAAUGUGCCUUAUUUCAUCCAAUCCUGAGUAAAUAAUAGUGCCAUUAUUACUGUCACUAAUCUCGAAAUAUGUUCAAUCUAACGCCAACUUCAUUGCUAGUUUCUUCCUUCAUUGUUACCUUGAACAAAACUAUGAAAUUUUUUACACCCCGGAAGAUUAUUUUGUCAUUUCUCUUCUCUUUUAUUUCUUAUCAAAGAAGAUGAAAAGUGUUUUGCAUAAAUUCGAUUUGUGACAUACACAAGUAGUUAAAGCAAUGUCCUACCUUCCAUUUUCGUGCAUUCUUUUCUUAUUUUUUCAUCUUGAUCGUUUUUAUAUCAGCUUGUAUCGGAACUUCACUGUUGUUUUGCUUGAUUUAUACUCAAGCGAAUGAAUUUCAAUCAAUUAGUUUACUUGUGAGUUUAAAUGUAUCUUUAAAGUUUUACUUCACGCACUACGAGUCGGUCAUGUUUUUCUCAUCUGCUUACUCUUCGAUACAGUUUUACAUGUCUUCCGUGUAUUUAUACAGUGUGUUAACUUGCAUAGAAUGUUAUAAUUUAGCAUUUUAUCUAACUUCCCAUUAAAUCUUGUUUCUUUUUCUCUCUGUUUUUUAUGUAUGAUUUUAAUAAACAUUUUGUCUUAUUAUUGUGUAGUUUUUUCCUCGUACAGGGCGAAUAUAUUAAUUAAACGCGGUGACUACAGUGUACCACCAGCAAAUAUUAUUAUCUCCAACCGUUCUUAAUUCAUAGAACCCAAUGGAAAAACUACCUUUGAAGUUUACAUCAUACUUCUACUUUCGUGUAUUUACAUGCAUCAGUAAAGUAUUAACCUGUACACAUUUCUAAUGCUUAGUGUGUUAAGGAAUAACCAUUCGACUGUGGGUAGAAAAGAAGUUGAGAGCCUUGCUAUCUUCCCUCGCGGACUGAUUUUGAUGUAAGCAGAAAGAGAACUUCAACCGUUGAUGAUGUCAUUAAUAUAUAUUUCAGUGGUU